GCUGCUACCCACUGUAUAAGCUCUAGCUUUACUAUACAUUAUGUAAGGCCAUACAUCUAAGUCCACACUAUUCAUGACAUUCUAAUUUCCUCUCGAAAUUUUUUCUUCUUAAUUUCAUCCUGUAAAGAACAAAAGGAAGGGAAAAAAAAAGAAAAAGAAAAGCAAAAUGGUCCGCCCAUUUCCAGUUGAUCAUCUUGUUCAAAACUUUUGCUCUCUUCCAUUGGCAAUUUUAGGGGUGUUCGUUUCAAUAUCAGUUGCCCUAGCAUUUUGUGCUAGCCAUUCCAAGCAAUAUUAUCUGAGAAAACACUCAAAAAAUGAUACUAUUACUACUCAACACGGUCAAAAAAUCGCAGCUCCAUCUUCAUUAAUCGUGCUCUCGAAGAGGAUCAUCAGAAGCGCGGGCGCCGGCGACAAGUCUAACUACAAAUUUUCCGGAGGAGAGUCCAAGGAUGAUGUUCAUCAACAAAUGAUAAUUUCCGGUAACCCAAAUAGUGAAGAAGAAUUUGGAGAAGGUGGGUUGUGGCAAAAAUCCAUCUUAAUGGGCGAGAGAUGCCAGCCUCCACAAUUUUCAGGUGUACUUUUUUAUGAUUCAUUUGGAAAUAGAAUCUCUGAGCUUCCCAGAUCACCUAGAUCCUUAAAUCAUGUCCAAAAUCAUUCUUCUUGAAUGCAAGAACAAUAUCAUGGGAUGUAGAAUUCUGUUUCGAUCUCAUGUACAAACUCUUAUGUGCCCAAAUUGAAAAGGGUGGAAAUAAAUUGUUGUACUUGUAUGUAAUUUGAUGAAACAUAUAUUAGUCUUACUUUUGAUUUUAACUCCAAGGGCUUACCUGAACUGCUCCAUUACAACUCCAAUUGUAUUCGUAUUUUAGUUUUUGUGAAGUAUGAGAGGUUUCAAAUUAGCA